AUGAUGCGUGGUGGAGAUGAACGGCUGGCAGCUUUCCAGAAGUAUGUGCUGGCGGAAGGAGACCCAUUGGCAGUGGAGACCGUGCUGCGGUUUCGCAAGAUGCAGGAAGUCUCUGACACGGACAGAGGUCACUACAUCGUGUGGGACGCGGUGGUGUCGAAGCACAGCGGCGACACCUGCGCAGCAGGGCGAUUUGCGCAAAAGCGGCGGGGCGAGGCCAAUGGCACCAGCACCUGCAGGAACACUGGUGCCGAAACGUUCCUCUGGUACUCUGAGCAGGAGCGUCAGGUGGUCACGAAAAGGAUCGAUGAAGUAGCGGCAGAGUUGGGUGCUGACCCAGGUACGGCCAUGGCACUGAUGGGCCACUUCGGGGCGAACGCUGUGGCAAGUCAGAGCGCGGGUGCACCCUUGCGUGUUUUGGACCCACCAGGCAGCACUCCAUCCCCAAAGCCGAAGGCAGAAGCAAAGAAGAAGCAGCGUAAGGAGAAGCAAGCUGGCUCGGAGAUGGAACUCCACUUGCCUGAGAAUGGAGAGCUGGCCUUGUUCAUCCCGGCCUGGAUCCAGAGUGCAACCGCUGCGCAAGGGCAAUGUGCUCAGCUAGUGGCACAGCUGCUUGGCUUUUGA